AUGAACACCUUCGAGCACACCAGCAAGCUCUUGGCGAUUGCCCAGAAGACUGCGAAUGGUGCUGAGUUUGGCUUUGUCAUGGCAGGCGUCUACAGCGAGAUGCUGAGGUCGGACACGGCCGAUGUGGGAACGAAAUCGGAUUUCACGGCCAAAGCAGGCCACAUUCAGGUGUGGCUGUUUCUGCGCAAGUUGCUCGUCUACAUGAAGAAAAGAUUGCUCUACCGUGCAGCCUCCGAUGAGGAGGCCGCCCUCAUGCAGAGGGCCUGGGAGCUCGCGGAUGACCCGGUUGCCUUGUGCAUACCGACAAAGCAGGGUGAUGUGAGCUGGAGGAGUGGUUUGCCGGAUUUCAUGAUGAGAGCUAUGAACUUCCUGCAAGGGUGUAUGGUUGGAAAGCACAAUGAAACUUUGAAGGGCUCCUUGGGUGGGUCAAUCGGCCCACUGCAGGUGGAAUCUUUUCUGGAGGCAGGCUCUGUGAAAGCCGUCUGGACUGAGAUUGAGAGCAGCCUCGCGAAGGCCAAUGGGGAGCCAGAAGAGCGAACUCCCGCGACCGAGCAGGAGAAGAGCAAGGCGGAGCAGGCAAAGCAGAAGCUGAAGGACAAACAGGAUAGCCUCAAGGUUCUUCAGGCGGACGCCCUGGAGGAGGCGGAGCGUCUCCACGACCAAAGGUCCGUCCUGCUGGUUCCCGACACAGCGAACCCCGUCUCCGCAUUGCUCGACGGCCAGACGUUGGUUCCCGCCAUCACGAGCGACGACUUCGAGCAGUUUCUGGGGACCUGGCUCCGGGUCCACACCAAAAGUCAGGACUUCCUGUUUGUGCUCACUGGCAAGGUCAGAAGCAACGAGGCGAUGAUCGAGAAACUGCUCGUCAAGAACAAGGUCAAUUUCAAACGACUCAUUCUAUGCUACGACGAGUCUCAGAUGAGAGCCGCCGGGUACUACACCCGCCUUCGCGGCUUCUGCAACUCUGCAUCCAGCGAAGUGGCGUUCGUCGGGUGGAGUGGGAAGCUGCCCAAGCUCAGUCAGCGAAGCCGUGUCUAUGUCGAUCCGGGCACCGAUGUGUAUUCUGACGUGUUGCAGCGUGUGCCCGUCAGCGACAAGGCAGACUUGAACACAUGCUCCGCGAAGGACCGCGAAGAGCUCCUCAAGGUUUGUGGAGUUGCUGCCGCAGACAAUGGAGACGAAGAGGAAGCGGACCAAGAGGACGGGGAGGACGAUGGCCCCGUGAAGCGCAAGUAUGCCAAGCGCUUUUCGGGCAAAGCACUGUUUCGUGCCCCCAGCUGCCCGGAUGAUGUGGUGAUGUUCCCCUUGGACCCAUCGAUCGCCCUCUACCAGGAAAUCUUCAAUCAGCUUGGCCCUAGCUGGGUGCUUCUCGGGACGCCAGGCGGCGGCAAUGGGGUCUUGGGUGCCUUGAAAUCCGGGCUUCCGUCCGUCAGCAUCUACAGGUCCAAGCUCCAUGCCUCCCUUGCCCGUCAAUUCAUCCUGCGGAAGCUCGCUGAGCUGAUGUGCAUGCCGGGCUCGCUGGCCAACACACACCUGGUGCUCAGGGCUCAGGCUUUGAACCCUCCCAGGGUCAGCAAGAAGGCGAAGAAGAGCGAGGCCAGUCCGUCCUCGUCUGCUGGCUCGGACGAGUCGAGCUCUCUGGGCGAGCCAGAGGAAACUGCGGAGCUUCCGGCAGUGCUGGGUGGGAAGGAGAAGGAGAAGGAGAAGGAGAAGAAGAUCAAGACGCCCGUCAAGGAAAAGAAGACUCCCAAGAAGACCACUGCCAAGAAGGACAAGACACCCAAGAAGGACGUCCCGAAAAAGAAGGAGAAGUCCGAGAAGGAGAAGUCCGUCAACAAGAAGGAGAAGAAGACGAAGUGA